CGUACUUGAAGGGGAAGUCGCAGUGCAAACAAGCUUUUCCGCGGGAAAUAUUUUAGCUAACUACAGGAAACGCAGCCGUUAAAGUCACACCAAAAUGAGUUUGUGGGUGGACAAAUACCGACCCACGUCGCUCGGCAAACUCGAUUACCACAAAGAGCAAGCAUCCCAACUCAAGAACCUGGUUCAAUGCGGCGACUUCCCGCACUUGCUGGUGUAUGGUCCUUCAGGUGCGGGCAAAAAGACCCGUAUCAUGUGUCUGCUGAGGGAGCUCUAUGGCGCCGGCGUGGAGAAGCUUCGCAUCGAGCACCAGACCAUUGUGGCUCCCUCCAAGAAGAAGAUUGAGAUCAACACCAUAGCCAGCAACUACCACUUGGAGGUCAACCCCAGUGAUGCGGGCAACCAGGACCGCGUGGUGAUCCAGGAACUGAUCAAGACCAUGGCCCAGUCCCAGCAGAUCCAGUCCGGCACGCAGCGAGAGUUCAAAGUGGUUCUGCUCAGUGAGGCGGACCGCCUGACCAAGGACGCCCAGCACGCUCUGCGCCGCACCAUGGAGAAGUACAUGACCACCUGCCGCCUGGUGCUCUAUGCUAACUCCACCUCCAGGCUCAUCGGGCCCAUACGCAGCCGCUGCCUGGCCGUCCGCGUCCCUCUGCCUAGCACGGAGGAGGUGUGUCACGUCCUCACGUCGACAUGUAAGAAGGAGGGUCUCCUCCUGCUGCCCGAGCUGGCCAAGCGGAUCAGCGACAAGUCGGGGCGCAACCUCCGCAAAGCCCUGCUGAUGUGUGAGGCCUGCAGGGCGAAGCGGUACCCCUUCUCGUCGGACCAGGAAAUCACAGAACCAGACUGGGAAGUGUUCCUCCGGGAAACAGCCAACUACAUCGUGAGCCAGCAGACCCCACAGAGAUUGUUGGAAGUGCGAGGUCGGUUGUACGAGCUGCUGACUCACUGCAUCCCUGCUGACAUCAUCAUGAAGGGAUUGGUCAGGGAGCUUCUGAACAACUGCGACGGGCACCUAAAGCCGGAGGUAGCGCACUUGGCGGCGUACUACGAGCACCGGCUACAGCUGGGUAGCAAAGCCAUCUACCACUUGGAGGCCUUCACCGCUAAGUUCAUGGCCGUCUACAAGAAGUUCAUGGAGGACGGGCUGGACGCCAUGAUAUUCUGAUGCCGGACGCCGUCAUGCGCUCAGAUUAAAAGUGGCUUGUUGUUAAUGA